AUGUCUGAAGAAGAUGUGUUUGAGAUCAAUGACUUUAGCACUUCUUCGGACUGGGAACGAUUCAUUGCCGAUUUAGAGGAAAUACUAACACAAUGGAACCUUGGUGGAGCAAAUGAUGAUCUUUCUCUUGAGGAAGAUGACGCCAAAAGUGAUAAAAUUGGUGCUAAACAACAGGGCGCAUCUACCACUACAGCCUCCUCAAAGCUUUUCUCUGACCCUAGCCUGUGGACACAACAGCAAGACCAGCUCAAGUUUGGCAAAGUGGCCUUUACACUGACGCUUUACACCUUUCAAAAUGCAAAGCCUGAAGAAAAACUUGAAAGCACUUCAACCGAAAGACCACCAUCAUCAAAGUCAAUGCGCCCACUAAACCGAGCUUGGCGAGAAAUGAACUCAAUUGACCAUGAUUGGCCAGCCUCUGGGCAUCCGCUUGUUCGCUACUAUGGCUUCAGUCAGUUUAUAGUACUCUGUCCUUUGAAGCUCGAGACGAUUGACACCGAAGAUCGGAUUCGCCACUUACUCGGCUCUUCUGCUAUUGCCUUGAAUAAUAUCAACUGUGAAGUGCCUUUCUUUUGUCAAAUCUGCCAGCCUAGUCGUCGUCUCUUUUCUGGUGUUCUCAAUAUCAACAACGGCUACCGAACGUAUUUUGAUAUGAUCCAGUUUUCUGAUGUGCCUCCAUCUUUCCAGUACCUUUCCGAUUUGAUGGUUCUGUUUAAGAAAAAGUUGUAUCCCAUCUUUUCAUAUUCUUCAGUGCACCGUGAAAAGACUUCCCCAGCAAAUUCUCCCAUUGAGCAAUCUAAAAUUCGAAUGUCAAUCAGAUUUACCUACCUUUUAUCAGCUUGGCCGCCACAGUAUCUUCAAUUCAAUGGCAAUGCGCCUAAUCAUCCUGCCUUGGAGCAGUUUGUUUACUUUCGGGCGGAUUUCAAACCUUUCGAGCUGCUUUUCCGGCCAAUCAGCUUUCAGCUAGUGGCCAACCAGUACGCUGAUCCACUGAAGCAGCUACAGUUGGCUACCACUUGGCCUUCAGUGUCUGAAGAGCUGAUAACGGACAAUGAAUUUCACAGUGAUCUACAGCCACGAAGUGCUCCCAAGUGGUCUCUUCGAGCAUUAUUUCUUGAUCCUAAAUCACAAAAGUCGAGCAUUGUACUGUGCCAUACUACCGAAUGGCUUUAUGCUUUCAUCAAUUUGCGCUACAAGUACAAAUCAGCAUUGCUACAAGCUUGUGGCCAGCAAAUCGAAAGCAGCGAUCCUUCUGACGUCGACGUUCGUUCUGCACUUGACCGAUUGGCAUCUCCCUCUAACCAGAUAUCAAAUCAGCUGUUUAACGUUCAGAAAAAUGUUUUUGGACAGUUGGAAAAGAAUUUCUUUGCGUCUGAUGGUGCAAAAUUGUCAAAUGCCGACGACAGUGUAAAGUUUUUGUUUGAACAGACUGCUUCUGAAGGACUUGAGGACGAUUCCGAAAAUCCCAACUGCGCCCAACUGAAAUCAUCACCUGUGGGCUCACUUUCUUGGCGAAUUUCCCUUUUAUUGGCCAACUCUUUUACCGAGCAGAAAAACAUAUCUACAGUGUCUGCCAUAUGGAGUGCUUUUGUGGAACGACUACGCUCACAUUGGAAGAAUUGUCAACUACUGCCAUUUAUAGAUGCCCAGCAAACAGAGAGCAUUGAUUACGGAAACUGUCUUUUUCAUCAAAAACUGCAAAUGCUCAACUGUUGCAUUCAGCAAAAAAAUAAAAGGGAACAAAAGAGCACUACUAGCUUAAAACUUGAUGACAAGUUAUCUGAAAAAGACGGAAAUGAGGAUGAUGAAGAUGAGUUUUUCGAUUGUCCUGAAGACGAACCUGAGUCGACCACUGAUGCCGACAAACCUGAAGGGCAAUUGGAAGUUUUUACUGAUUCAUCCAAAAACGUAGUGUACUUGUUGGAGAAACCAAACCGACCAAUAUACAUUCCUGUGACGCAGGACCCAGCCCCGAUGACUGAAGAUCAUCAUUACCGUCAGAUGCAGACACUUGCCGCGAUGAGCAACAAUCCUGAAGAUGUAAAACUCAAAAUUCGCCUUCAAUCAUCGGGUUUGCUUUCCGACAUGGAGGCGUUCAAAGCAGCCAAUCCGGGUGCUACUUUUGAGGAUUUUAUUCGGUGGCACUCACCCCGUGAUUGGAUUGAGUUAGACACUGAGGACCAUGAAAAGUCGUCCAAAGGUAGUAACAAAAAAGCUGUCCCCCGUUUCGGGUUGAGUCGUCGGAUGCGUGAAUCAACCAUGUGGGGAGAAAUAUGGGAACUAGCACGUCAAGUGCCCAUUUCUAGACAGAAAAGACUGUUUGACUACACAAAAGAGGCAGAGGGAAUUCUCCACUGGCUGCAAAAUGUAACCGUCAACCAGCUCAUUGAACUAGUUGGCCCUAUACUGGCAAAGGCAACGCUAAUACAAAUUCUACAAUUUCGUCAAGAGAUUCUCGACUUUGUUAGCGAUAACAUUUCAGAACCUAAAGCUACCACUGUUGAGCUGUUACCUUUUGAUUUUAACUCCUUUGAAGUUCAAUUCAAUCGAGGUGAUUAUGAUGGCUUAUGUUUAGAGCUCUCUACAGUUGAAUUCGAAGUGGUCAAGUUCUACUCUUUACUCAAAAAAAUCAUCUUUGCUUACGAGUCUGAUGUUAAAAAGCCAUUUAAGGAUUUGUACACCUCUGCUCAAAAGACGACAGCAGCGAAGCAAGCCGAUUCUCGAACCGCCUCAAACCGUGGAACAACUUUAAAAUCAGCUACAAAACUGGGAAGCGCAAUUUUAGGUACCUUUCAAAAGGACGACCUCAUUAAGUUUGUUACUCGACUACUGCUCGAGCCUGAUGUAGAGUUUUCCAGCUCUAACUGUAUAUCCAGUCUUGUGGUACGCAUGUUUUCAGAUAGCAGUCGGUUUCAGUACGAGUCAUCAACCAGUGUCGGUGAUCGCGUUGGGCUCAAUUCGGAGGAGCCAGAUCACCACAGUUUGUCUGAUGAGUCGGAAGAAGUCACUACUCAAAAAAAGCGUCUCGUCUUUUCGGUUCCUCAACUGCCCGCACCAACUGGCAAAGAGUUCAUCUUUCGCACGCAGACAGUCGCCAGACCAGCGCCUUACUCUCGACCCAGCUCUCAGCGCCUUUACUGCCUGAUUAGCCCGAAAAAGGAUUUUCGCAUAGCGACUGCCUUCACCGAAGAUACUGCUUACUUUUAA